CAGAGACGAAGCUUCGUCUCCACAGUCCUCCUGACGAAAGCAUGGGAGAAUGAAACUGUGGCCGAGCUCAGGAAGGAGGCCAGGAAGCGCGGGCUCUCUUCCACCGGAAACAAGGCCAAUCUGAUUACGCGCCUGCAAGAGGAUGAGAAGAAGAAAGCGUUCACGACCGCGCCCACCUCUGUCGCACCUCAGAGCCGCGCCGCUUCCACCUCUUCUGCCCCUUCCUCAACGCCUGGUACGGAGUCCGCCACUGAGGUUCCUGGUAUUCCUUCCACCGCCGAGCCCACGUAUCCCAAAUUCAACUUGGACACCAAGCUCCCUGACAUCUCUCAGGAUGAUCCUGAGCCCCCGGUUGCAAUUCCGUUCGUCCCCGACCUCUGGAAUUCUUCUAAGCUGAAGCACGAGUCUGCGCCCCCUACAGCCCCGCCGUCGACCGCUCCUAAGCUUGUCGUCAUUGGAGGCGAGGCAACCCACUCCGGUAGCAACGUCUACACCGCCAGCAGCUCCCCUUCACCUGACUCCGUCCUGUCGGUGCCCCGUCCUCAGCCUAAGUCGAACGUAGGCAAGCUCUUCGCGGACAUGGCGGACGACUUGGGGCUCCCGACAACCUUGAAACUGCCUUCUUCCGAUCAUGCACACUUUGACGCAGCGGCGAAGACCGAGACGUCUGGCGGGCAGGAGAAGAGCUACUCCCGCAAACUCGAUGGGGAGGAGAAGACGGGCGUGUAUGUGUUGCUCGGUGUCUUCGCCGCGUCUUUGGUUGCAGGAGGCGUGUUCGCGCCU